AUGUCCACGGGCAAGCGGCUAGCGAAGCGUUCCAUUAUCGGGACGCGCGUUGCCGCUCUGGCUGAAGACGGGCUCUACUACUCUGGGAUGAUCCAGGCGGUUAAGACGCCGGCACCCUUCCCUGAAAAUAACAACUGUAUUAAUCUGACACCGAAUACCCGUUACACGGUGCGUUUCGACGGAGGUAAGAUGUCGUGCGAAUACCGCGACACAGAGCUCAUCGGGCCCGGCUUUCGUGGCAUGACGGGUGUGCGCCUACGACAUGGCCAGCGCGUCUUCCUUACGCACAACGGACGUGAAGUUCGCGCUGACGUGCAGCAGCACGACCACCACACAGAUGAAUUAAGGGUCCAAGUUCACACACCAGGUGCUGAGGCGCCAGUUGAACUGAAGAAAAAACUAGAUGAAAUUCGACUGCUGGAGUCUCGCAAGUCAGCAAGGUUAGCUGAUGUGGAUACCGAUUUCGCCAGACUGGCAGACAUGGCAGGAGACCGUCGACGAGCCUCCGCCACCAUCGAAGUGCCCUCACAUCACAUGCAGGGUUCGCGUAAACGUGGCCCUAGCAGCUCCUGCGACCUGGGCUACGGGGAGCGUGACGACCAGAUGAAUGAGUGCAACGCUGCCCUCGUUCUCAUGUCACUCAGCUGCUCGCCCAACUCGCCGCGUCCCAGCGCAUGGGGCAGCAGAUCAUCGGUAUCGCCGGGUGCCAGUAGCAGCUCAGGCUCAUCAUGGCGUUCUGGCACACCAUCGCCGCCCCCGGCUUCAUCUUCGUUCAGCGACGAAGGCAUUGCUAUGGACUACGAGGACAUCCACCCUCGUAAGAAAAGGAUCAAUAGUGUUGUCUUCGUUUGCACUUGGAGGGGAUGUGGAUACAACACAAACACAUGCUCAGCCAUUGAAGCUCACAUUAGAAAUACACAUUUGGGACCAAAGAAAGAGGGUGAUAGUGACCACGAAGAGGAGUUCUAUUAUACAGAGCGGGAAGUAGCAGCGCCAGCACCGCCCCCGACACUCUCGCAUCGGGACAUGUGCCGCCCUCCGCAUGAGGACCCGGAAUAUCAACGCCAACUAGUUGGCUCUUACAGGCAAGGUCUUCUGUCAAUUCAGAAUGGAACUGCAAGGCCAAUAAGCAUUCCUGUAACUCAUCCCUGGUCUAACACCCAUUCACCUAAACAUAUGCGGUUAUCAGCCGCUAGCGGGUCGCCUGGCAGUCCUGGCCGUCGUCCUCGUUCAGACAACAAGAAAUGUCGUAAAGUAUACGGCAUGGAUCAACGCGAUCUCUGGUGUACUCAGUGCAAAUGGAAAAAGGCAUGCACCCGUUUCGGCGACUAG